AUGGAAUGGUUCUCCUCCAGACCCCUUACCAUAUCAAGCUGCAUUGAGAAUAACAUGUCUUCCACCCAAGUUGCCGACCAGUUGCCCUGGAAUCCUAACAACGCCCAGUUCCCUUUACGGAAAGAUCUUUCAAAGAUAUCCGGUGCACCCGACGGUGCUGCUUGGGUCUGGGGCAAAGAUGAUGAGCUGGGCAGAUUGAACCUCUUGACGCCGCAACGGGUCAAGGCAUCUGCUGCUGAGAUUGAGACUGGCGAGAUGGUUCGACUAGACCUUCCUCUCACGGUGCCUGAGCAGCCGGCUUUGGGCCGCGAGGUGUUCCAGCAUAACAUCAAAACGCUUACUGAUGGUAUUAUUUAUGAUGAUACAUACAUUAUGAACACGCAGAGCGGGACGCAGUGGGAUGGAUUCCGGCAUUUCGCCCACAUCGACAGCAAGUGUUUCUACAAUGGGGCCACAAGCAGCGACUUUGUAGGCGAAACCGCAAACCACCGCUGCAGCAUCCACCACUGGGCAAUGCACGGAAUCGCCGGUCGAGGACUCCUCCUAGACUACUACCACUACGCCCAAACAAACAACAAGUCCUACGAACCCUACACAACACACAUCAUCACUCUAUCCGAGCUUCAAGCCUGUGCAACCUCACAAGGUCUAGAUCUCCGCCCGCAGUCUGAAGGCGGCGAGAUCCGCAUCGGAGACAUUCUCAUCAUCCGCUCGGGUUUCGUGGAUCGAUACUACGAGCUCAGUUCCGAGCAGCGGUAUAAAGCUGCCACACGGUCCCACGAGGACGUGUGCUUUGCGGGACUGUCGCGCGAGCCAGCUCUCCGGGACUGGUUACAUGAUUGUUAUUUUGCGGCUGUGGCGGGUGACUCGCCGACGUUUGAGGCGUGGCCUGUUCCUGAACAUGAUUAUUUGCAUCAGAGCUUGUUGGCGCUGUGGGGGUGUCCUAUUGGUGAGAUGUGGGAUCUGGAACGGCUUGCUGAGAAGUGUCGGGCUAGGCGGAAGUGGACUUUCUUUAUGACUAGUGCUCCGGCCAAUAUGCCUGGGGGGUUGGUUCCCAUGCGAAUGCUACUGCCAUUCUUUAGAUCAGAUUUGUGGUAUAUUGAGGGUAUUUAG